AGACAUAUAUAUAUAUAUAUAUACCUUACCAAAAAAUUGACAUUUUUCUCUGAAAUUCACAUAGCAUCCUGUAGCUAAUUGCACAACUUUGGCUUCAUGGAACUCAAAUUUCGACAUCGAGAUUACAAAAGUGAAGAACAAGUUCACUCUCUCCAUCGGGUGGCAGCAGUGACUCAUCCUCUCUCACUUCAAUCACCGUCGCGUGACCAGGUUGAUGUUACGGAUUAUGGCAGGGACGAGUUCUUUGAUCCAUUAAGGGGGGAUCAUGGAAAACCAGAGGAUUCCAUGAAGGGAUUAGGAAGAACAUCUACUGAAAUUGCAGGUGAACCAUAUAGAGAUAUUGCUAUUCAUUUUCUGGGCAAGGAGUGGACAUCUUACAAGAAAGUCUUGAUGCAAAAAUUUCCUGUCUCCAAAAUGAUCUCUAUUUCUUCGCUGUCAAGCUCAAUUAUGAAGACAGGCAAGGGUCCUGAGAAACCCUCGACAGAUGUACAUUUAGAGGAGCUAGAUGAAGAAGGUGUUAACUAUAUCACCCUGCAGGAGUAUGUCUCACGCUUAACUGAACUUAAAGAUGAAAUUAGUCGUGCCUGGCAUGCAAGUGACCGUGUAACCUCCUUUAAUUUGUCAAUCAAGGUGGUUUUUGUUCUAAGCUGUUUCACAUUUGCUUCUUACUGGAUUCUGAACUUUCCAAUCAAGUGAUCAUUCUUUUUGGAUAUGUACCUCUCAAUUUAACAAUUUUAUUUGGUAUUCGUACAGUAAGUCAAUUUCAAAGUUGCUGCUCUCUCCCUAUCAAUAUGUUUGUCUUAGUUUGACUCGCCAUAGAGUUUGAGAAAAUAAAAAAGACUUUUGAAUCUUGUGGCGUUAAACUAAAGAUGUGCAUAAUGUACCAAACAUCCCCCCUUUAAAUCUUGUGGUCAUACAUAUGUAAUGUGAAAGUUGAAAUUAAAGAGUUGUCAAAUGAAGAAAGAGACACUUUUUUAAAAUAGACCAAAAAGGAAAGUAAGACAAACAAAUUGAAACAAAUGGAGUAUUUAAUACUGGCUCAUAGCUCAGUCAGGUUCACUCAGGUUAUUCCUGAUCAAGUGAUCAGUCUUUUUGGAUAAGUACCCACCGUUUAAAAAUUUAUUUCGUAUUUGUUCGAAAAGUCAGUUUCAACUUUCAAGUUUUCCAUUUAGUAAUACUUGGCUGACUUAUGUUUUAAUUAUGUACCCGUCCGUUUCAAGUUUGCUAGGGAUGGGCUUUUUCAAGACAAAGAAAAACCCUCUGAAGAGAAUAUUUUUUGUUCAGUUUUAGUUUUUUAAAAUUUGGGUUAUUCGGUUCGGUCUUCUUUCUUAAGGAAAUAAAAUUGGUCAAACUGAAAAAUCGAUAUUUGUACUUGUAAGUAACAUGCUCAAUCAUUGUGAUCUAAUAGUGUGAGAAAUUGACAUGAAUCCAAAGGAAGAAGGGAUAUUGUAAAGAAUUGGAAGGAUAACUGAAAGAAGUUAUUAUUUCAUUCCUCUAAAUCUAAGAAAACAUUCGACAAGUGGGCCAAUAAUGUAAGUUUAAGGAAAAUAAUUUAUUUGUUUGUUUAUGUUAUUUGUUUGCUGAUUUAUUUCCUUUACCUUCAUUGAGUCUUUGUGAGCCAUAAAUUAAGAACGGGGAUUUUUAAUCUUAAUUUUCUGUGUUCUCAUAUCUUCACUUUGUUUCUUUUCAAAUUUUCAUAUCUUCCCUCCAGUGUUUGUCUAUAUACUUUUUCCAGAAUAAGGAAAAGAUGAGUGGUGGUGCAAUAUUAGUGUUAGUUUUGAACUAUCAAGUGUAGAAGUAAUUCCCAAUUUGUUUUGUUAUCUGACAAAACUACAUUGGUAGGAAGCAAAAGUUAUGGUGCUACCACAAGUUCUGAUGAAUUGAAUGACCAGUCAGGAGAAGAUUUUGAAUAAGGCUAACAUGAUAAAGCUUAAACCCAAAAUCCGAACCAAAACAAAUAUCAAAGAACAAACCAAACUAAUUUCAGAUUGAUUUCAGUUUUCAUUUUUACCAAACCAUAAACCGAAAUACUGAACCAACUUCUAAAAACCAAACAACCGACUGAAUUUUCAUUCCUAGUUCAAACAUAUAGAAUCAAUCAACAAUAAGACCAAUUUAGUUCUAUCUCCACAUUGAUUUGAGGCAAACAUUGCAGACUAUUCCCUUAUUUUCUGCUUCCAACUGAUGACACCUGUUACUGAAAAGAUGAAUUCAUCUGUUAAGGUUGCUAAGUUACUGUCGGACACAUCUGUACUACAAUUUUAUCCAACACUUUUUGUUCUAGCUACAGAAAUACUAGAUAUGUUAGGGGAUAUGGUAUGGGAACGCAUCAGGCAGAAAGCUGAAUACACUGAAUAUGGGACAUUAGUCCAUUUACCAGAUAACUUUCAAGCAACUCAUAUCUGUGCUGAAGCCAAAGAAACCUGCUAUAACUGGUUUUGCAAAGUUGGUUCCAUCCGCGAGCUACUACCACGCAUAUACUUGGAGCUGGCCAUAUACCAUUGCUGGCGUUUCCUUUCGGAACAACCUGCCAAUAAUCUUCCACGACUAGUUAUGAUGGCAAGAGGCAUUGCAGAUCCACUAGCAUCAUUUUAUUGCCGCUUAUAUUUGGCCCAUUGUGCACAAAAAUUGCCUCAACGGGACAUAGGGCUUCUGAUAAUUUCUAUGAAUGACAUGAAAAUUCUUCUGAUGAAUGGUGCACAUGUUUUAUCUACAAAGAAACCAUCUGGAGCUCUAUCAGGAACUCGAAGUUCAAAACUGGGCCUGAUGGAACCAGCUAUAGAAUAUGUUAUGAAAUGCUUGUUCAAGGAGUCAUGUGAGCUGUUGCAAAUUGGAGACAUAUUGAUGGGGCUUGGACUUGCGAGGAAUCAAUCAGAGUUAUUUGGAAACUCAUCAUGCGUCUCACUUGUUCUCCACCAUUUAUUAAGGGAACUUCCUAUAAGAAUAGUUUGUUCUAAUGCCUUGGACAUUCUUCAUCUCAUUGAGUGUAGCAACGAUUACUCCUUCGAUCAGUGUUUGAAUUAUAAGUUACUGGGACUCAGACUAUGCGAAAACAUAUCUCAUGUGAAUGAAGUCAAUCUCGUGAUGAAGAAGGUUAUCCAGGUUGUUUCUCAGUUUAAUAGCCUUGAUGAGUACCUCAAUGUUGUAGACGCUCAUGUAGAUAUCGCUCUCCAGAAACACAUGAAUAGUUAUCUGGACAGCAUAUUAGAUGGAAUAUUUGAGCGCACAUUAGAUGAUGAGAUUGGUGAGAAUGAACUAUCAAGCCUCCAAUCAAUUCUUCUGAAGAUUCUAAAUCAUUUUGAUAACCUUGAGAACAUAUUGCGAUUGAACCAUUUCAAUCAAAUAUUAAGCGUGAUGCAGGGGAGCUCUAGGACCAUCGUCAAUACGCAGAUCCUUAGUAUUGCUACAAGGUAUAACUGUUUUGACCAAAGGAAUUCUUGUAUUAGAGAUCCUACAACCAUUCAAUUCCUUUUUGAAGUUUCAAGGUCCUUGCAUGAUAGCAUAAAUCUCUCAACUAUUAAGGAAAAGGAGAACAACCAUUCAGCACAUUUAGUUUCUCGUUUUAUACACAUGGUUGAUUAUGAUUCUGAAGUUGAACUCCACUUAGAUUUUUUGGUUCAGUGCCGUGGAGCUUUUGGAAGCAUGAGUGAAGUCAAGGAAAUGAUUGUUCAUUCCAGCAAUUUACUGGUGGUUAAAGCUACACGGAAUGACAUUAGUGAUGUCAUUUUUGUCAAAUCUUGUAUAGCAUGCAGUGAAGUUACAAUAUCAUCUAUCCCAUCUCAUCUGAAACAGUUAAACCUCUACUUGGAAACUGCAGAGGUUGCAUUAAUGGCUGGUUUAGUUUCUAACUCAGAUGGACUUGUUGAUUCAGCAUUGAGGUGCUUGCAUAAUGUUGACUUAUUUGAAGGAUCAAGGAUGCCCAAGGACAUUGAUGGGUUUCAAUCAACAUUAUGCAAAUUUUGCAGUCUUAUUGUUAUGAUUCCAGGUAACAUUGAGCGAGGAGUCACUAGCAUCCCUAGGAAUAUGUUUUCCAUCCUCAGCUCCUUGUCAUGGAUGCUGCCAAGUAUGAAGGCAAAGAUGUUAUGUGCACUCAUCUUAACAGUUGCUGCGUUGUCCCAGAAUAAUCUCCUGUACCAUGCAACACAUGAUGAGGUUAUGGGCAAUGACUCUUUGUUCUAUUGUGAUCAACAAUAUCUGCAAGAGCUUUCUUCAUUUUCUGCAGUUCUUCUUCAGAGCUUAAUUGAUACUGUUGUACAAGAACCAAUACAGGCUGCCCGAGGAAAUCUCGCACUUGAUGCUUGCAAUGCUAUUGCAUCUUCUUUUGAAGUAUGUCAAGGAGCAUCAGAUUUUUCCUCCAAGCUGGUCGAAACUGCCAAGCUGUCUUUGAGCUCUAACAACAAAUAUCUUCAGUCUACAAUAGAGUUUCUCAACAACCGUGGACUUGUGCAAAGGGGAGAGACGUAAAAAGCAGGAAAUAACAUGUGUUGUGUUUGCUGUUGUUAAAAAGAAAUCACUUUUUGUCAAAUUUUACUUCACUUGUCCCCAACUGGAGAUAAAUAUCAACUAGGCAAAAUGAAGAGAUUUUUUAGAUGUUUUGGAAAUUUCCAAAGAAAUGGUAGCACCUUCCUUGGGUAUAUUUGACAUGGAAGAGAAGUAGAAUGAUUAAAUCAAGCAAUAUACUUUUUCUCUUGACAUGGAAGCGGGAAGGGACUUUUCUAAGAAGGGCUUGAGACCUAUGAAUACACAUUUAAGUGUUGCUAUUACAUAUUUCAUCUCUAAUAAUAGAUAGAUCCAUACUUACUGUUUUGAGACUUA